GCGACGCUGCCCAGACUGCCCGCGCCAGGGGCCGGGACGGGGACCGCCGGUUCGGGUGUCCGCUCCGCCACAGAGUCCGAUGGCGGCGGCCGCGUCCAGGGACGCGGCUCAGGACAGUGUGACAUUUGAAGAUGUGGCUGUGUACUUCUCCUGGGAGGAAUGGGGUCUUCUUGAUGAGGCUCAGAGACGCCUAUACCAUGAUGUGAUGCUGGAGAACUUUGCACUUGUGACCACCCUGGGUUGCUGGCAUGGAGCAGAGGAUGGGAAGGCACCUUCAGAGCAGGCUGCUUCUAUAGGAGUGUCACAGGUCAGGACUCACCAUGCAGGUUCAUAUCCCCAGAAGGCACACCCCUGUGGGAUAUGUUGUCUGGUCUUAAAAGACAUUUUGGGUGUGGCUCUGCAUCAGAGAACACGUCCCCAGUUGAGAUCUUACACAUGUAGGAAACAAGUCUGUUUCACUGCGAACCUUCACCAGCAUGGGAAGCAGCAUAGUGGAGAGAAACUGUUGAAAUGGGCUUCAUUUGUGAAGAGCUGUAGGUCCCAUGUGUCAGGGAAGUCCUUUACCAAUGGGGAGGUUGAUAAGGAUUUCCUCGCCAGUUCAGGCCAGCACCAGCACCAGGCCACUCAUAAUGGGCAGAAACCACACAGUUGCACCGUGUGUGGGGAAGCUAUUAACAGUGGGAAGAGCCAUUGCAGUUGGUGUGAAUGCAAGAAAACUUUUAGCCACAAAUACACUCUUGCUGAACGCCUGAGUGUCCGCACUGGAGAAAGGCCUUAUGAGUGCAGUGAAUGUGGGAAAUCCUUCACCCGAAGGUUUAACCUCUUCCAGCAUCAGAAAGUCCACACCGGAGAAAGGCCCUAUAAAUGCAAUGAAUGUGGGAAAUUCUUCACCCACAUCUCCAGUUUCAUUCAACACCAGAGAAUUCACACAGGGGCAAAGCCUUAUAAAUGCAGCAGAUGUGGGAAAUUCUUUGGCCAGAGCUCCAGCCUUAUUGUACACAAGAGAGUUCACACUGGAGAAAAGCCUUAUGAGUGCAGUGAAUGUGGAAAAUCCUUUAGCCAAAGCUCCAGUCUCAUUAAACAUCAGAGAGUUCACACUGGAGUGAGGCCUUAUGAGUGCAGUGAAUGUGGAAAAUGUUUUGGUGACACCUCCAGCCUCAUUAAACACCGUAGAGUUCACACUGGAGAGAAACCUUAUGAGUGCAGGGAAUGUGGGAAAUUUUUUAGCCAAAGUUCUGGCCUCAUUCAACACCAGAGAGUUCACAGUGGAGAAAGACCUUAUGAGUGUAAGAUAUGUGGGAAAUCCUUUACCCGCAACUCUGACCUCUUUCAACACAAAAGGGUUCACACUGGAGAGAGGCCUCAUGAGUGCAGGGAAUGUGGAGAAUUCUUCAGUGACACCCAGUUUGCUCAACACCAAAAAAUUCACAUCAGAAAAAGGUCUCAUGAGUGCAACAAAUGUGCAAAAGCUUUCAGCCGAAGGUCUAACCUCAUUAGACACCAGAAAGUUUACCACCACACGGAAAGGCCAUAUGUGUGCAGCAAAUGUGGGAAAGCCUUCAGUCAGUGGUCUGCCGUGAUUCAGCACCAGAAAGUUCACAAUGCAGAUCGGCUUUAUGAGUGCAGUGAAUGUGGGAAAGCCUUUAGCCGAAGGUGUAACCUCAUCCGACACAAAAAAGUCCACACUGGAGAGAGACCUCAUGAGUGCAGUGAAUGUGGGAAAACCUUCAGCCGAAAGUCUCACGUCAUUGGGCACCAGAAAGUUCACACAGCAAAGCCAUAGCCAUGCAAGAAGCAGGCUUUCUACGUGUUUGAUAUAAUGCCAUGGGAGGAGAGCCUUUGUGAGGGAGACAUCUUCCUGAAGUUGAACUCAUACAUCUGAAUAUACACCACAGGGAAGAUUCCCUGUAAGUUCCAGGUAUGUGGGAAGCUUCUAGGAACCAUAUUGCACUUCCUAACCAGCUUGGGCUCCUUGCUGAAAUUGUGUGACUGCCAGUUUUCGUAGUAUAAGUCAGCUCUACUGCCUAGAAAGGCCCCCAUGGUAUGCAUCAGUUACCCCACUGUUUAGGGAAGUAGAUCUCUGUGUUCUGUCUGGAGAAAAUAAUGAGCAGCCUGAGCCUUUAGAGUAACAUCAUUCCCUUUUCUCUAAUUAAUGUGUAUAUCUGAUCCAGUUUUCUCCCAGAACACCUUAUCUGGGUUCUACUGGUGGCUUGCAGAGAAGGUUUGUCUUCAAGGACAUUGUUUUCAUAUGACACUUGUGAUGGAUUUUUCCAUUCUCCAUGUCACCAACCCAUAAACUGCCUGCCUGACCUUGCUAUGAUUUGUGCAAUAAUAAAGGCCUUAUUGUUUAAGCCACCUUUAAUCUUGGGGGUUGUAUUCACUAGCUGGUUGCUUUGAAAACAUCAUGAAGGGGUAAACAGCUUGUGUGACAGUUCCCAACUUUGGGAGGGCAACAGGCUUUGUACAACUAACAUGCAGCCUGGAAGCCAAGAUUUUUUUGUGGGCCCAAAGGUCACAUUGAGGAGCGGGCACUUGUGACAAUCCCCAGUGUUUCUGGGAUUGGUUCCUUUGUUUAUAGUGCAUAUCAUGUAAUGACCACACAGCUAAGGGGACUCUCUUCCCCAGGUCCUUCAGAAGAGUCAUGUGCCCUGAUGCCCAGAAUUUGGUAGGGUAGUGUCACUGGUUUUAACACUAAAGGGCUCAGGGGGGAUCAUAAUUGAUUAGAAACAUUGGGUUGAUAGGGAGUGCUGGAGCCUGCAGUAAACUAGAUGGAACAUCCCUCUUCUAAAAGUGCACCCACAGCUAUUCCAGCAUCUCUGGCUGUGUUGAGUGAGCAUGUACCUCCUGGUCUGUGUAUCUUGAAUAGCUGAGGUCAUUGGCAGAGAAAUUAAGGUUUUGUGGAUUCCUGUAGCUUUCUGGCCUGUUGACCUUAAGACUGCACAUUCAGGAAAACAAGGUUAGAGAGAAGGGAGAUCUCUUAGUCUAGUGAUAUGGCCUUUGUGACUAAGGUGGAAACAUCCUCUAUUGUUCACCAAUAUUUGCUAUCACUGAGGUAAGGCAUCCCUCCCAAAGCAUUAGGAGAGAGGUGGUAGAGAUAAUAGAAGGAUGCCAAAUUUGAUUUUUUUUUAUAAGGAGUGGGAGAGAUCCUUUUAUUUUGAACCAUUGCUUAAAGCUUUAAGUUAUAAUGACAUACAGUAAACUGCACAUAUUUAAAAUGUAUAAUUUGAUAAGAUUUGAUGGUAUAAUCCACAAAAUCAUCAUAAUUGUGAUAAUGAGCAUAUAAGUCCCACACAUAUUUACCUCAUAAUUUUUAUUAAUCUCUCUCCCUGCCCUCUCUGGCUGUCUGGGCAAACUUGGAUUUACUUUCCUUUACAGUAGACUACAUUUUCUAGAAUUUUAUAUGAUUGGAAUCAUAAAGUAUUUAUUUUUUUCCCUGUUUCAUAUAUACUGCAU